UGUCAGACUGUGACGCUGCGAGCAUCUACGGUGCUGGAGCCCAAAUUACUAUAAUAACACUGCUGCCACUAUUUUUUGAUUUUUUUUUUAUUUUAUUAUUAAUUUUUCUUGGAGGGAGGGUUGGGGGUCCGACUCCCUCUCUGUAAGAACCGGUGGGCUUCAGGGGUCAUUCAUCUGCCAGAAACAUGAGACUCCCUCUGAUUCUUGUCAUCUGCCUCUUUGGUCACACCAAGGCUUUAACCCAGGGCCCCGGCCAGUUCCUCUGUGGGAAUGGGAAGAUCAUCACAUCCAUGUGGAUGUGUGAUGGCACAGACGACUGUGGAGACGGCACAGAUGAGCUUCCCGGAACCUGCGUGGCUAAAACGUGCAAACCAACGGAGUUCAGGUGCUCGGGUCAUCUGACCCAGUGCAUACCGGGCACCUGGCACUGUGACGGAGAAGCGGACUGCGUGAGUGGAGCCGAUGAACAGAACUGUGCUGCCAAGCGGUGCUCAGACUCCGAGUUUCGCUGCACGAACGGCCAGUGCGUCUCCUCCUCCUUCGUGUGCGACAAAGAUGCCGACUGCGAUGACGGCAGCGACGAGGUCUCCUGCCCGCCAAUCACAUGCAGCGGCUUGUCCUUCCAAUGCAACAACACCGUUUGUGUUCCCCGGCUGUGGGCCUGCGACGGCGACGCAGAUUGCUCCGACGGCUCCGACGAGUGGCCGCAGAACUGCGCCACCAGGACCCCCACGCGCUCUCCCAUUCACCAGUGCUCCUCCCAGGAAUACCAGUGCGGCAACGGGGAGUGCAUCCAUGUCAGCUGGAGGUGCGAUGGCGAUACUGACUGCCUUGAUCGAUCCGAUGAAGAUGGAUGUGCUCAUUCCACAUGUCGUCCUGAUGAAUUUGAAUGCGGCGAUGGUACGUGCAUCCACGGCAGCAACCAAUGCAACCACCGCUACGACUGCACAGACAGGAGCGACGAAGUCGGCUGUGUCAACGCGAGCCACUGCGAUGGUCCGAACUGGUUCAAGUGUCGCAGCGGGGAGUGCAUAAGCAUGGAGCGGGUAUGCGACAACAAGCGUGACUGCAGGGACUGGUCAGACGAGCCACUUAGGGAGUGUGGCUCCAACGAGUGCCUCUACAACAACGGCGGCUGCUCUCACAUCUGCAACGACCUGAAGAUCGGCUACGAGUGCCUGUGUCCAACUGGAUACAGCCUCGUCGCUAAGAGACGGUGUGAAGACAUUGAUGAGUGCGCAAACCCAGAGACCUGCAGCCAAAUAUGCAUCAACCAGAUGGGCGGCUACAAAUGCGACUGUCAGGAAGGUUAUCACAUUGACCCGGCGACACAAGCUUGCAAAGCUGUUGGUACAACACCAUACCUUUUCUUCACCAACCGUCACGAGGUCAGAAAGAUGACCCUGGACAGAAGUGAGUACACAAGAGUGAUCCCCCGAUUAAAGAAUGUGGUGGCCCUGGACAUGAACGUCGCCACCCAAGAGAUGUACUGGUCCGAUCUUUCACUGAAGAAAAUCUACAGAACGCCAAUGGACUCAGCAGAGGACUUCUCCCGUCACCAUGUGGUGAUAGGCAGCGACAUCGAUGGUCCUGAAGGAAUAGCCUUCGAUUGGGUCCACGGCAACCUGUACUGGACUGACAGCAUCCGGAAGACUGUCUCCGUGGUAACUGCUGACGGUAGCCGCCGCAAAACUCUCUUUCACCAAGACCUAUCAAAGCCCCGUGCCAUUGUGGUGGACCCACUUACCAACUUCAUGUACUGGACCGACUGGGGGAGUCCUGCAAAGAUCGAGAAGGGAGGCCUUAAUGGAGUAGACCGCACUGCUCUGGUCACAGACAACAUCGUGUGGCCCAAUGGCAUCACAAUAGACCUGCUGAACCAGCGCCUCUACUGGGUGGACUCUAAGCUGCACACACUCUCCAGCAUCGAUGUGCAAGGCAGCGGUCGGCGCACCCUGAUCAUCGACGAGGACAAGCUGGCUCACCCGCUGGGACUCACUGUAUUCGAGGAAAGAGUGUUCUGGACAGACGUCAGCAAUAACGCCAUCCUCAGCGCCAACAGGCUGACUGGUGGUGACAUCGCACCGGUGGCGGAACAUCUUUCGUCCCCCGAGGACAUUGUUCUUUACCACAACCUCAAACAACCUGCUGGAAGGAACUGGUGCCAGGUCUCCAACAGCACCUGUGAAUUCAUGUGCCUAGCUGCCCCCCAAAUAGGCACCCACCCCCCAAAAUACACCUGUGUCUGUCCAGAUAACAUGAUGCUAGCAGGGGAUAUGAGGACAUGUGUGCCUGCUGUUCCAAUUCCUUCAGCUUCUUCAGAGUCUCAGGCCUCGACUACCCACCCUCCUGUUGUCCCUGCAACGCCACCAAAGAUGACGGCACCAAAGACGAUGGCACCAAAGACGACGCAGAAGCCCCGGGUUCCAAUUACUACCGCAGUGCCUCCUAUUAUCACCACUACAGCCACCAAGCCAGUGCGGCGUACCACUAAGCCUACGGUUCGGACCACCACACCUUUACCAAAGAAGCCCUCGCCUCAGCCAGAAAAGUCUAAAAUCUGGCAGACUACCACAGCUGCUCCUGUCACAACUCCAGGUGUUCCACCUAAAGGUGUCGCAGCUGUUCCUGAAACUACGUCCAACACCUCAAAAACGCUUUACUUUGUCCUUCCUCUAGCGAUACUUUGUCUGGUGGCUGUCGGGGGCGUGUUGCUAUGGCGAUACUACAGGCUCCAGAACACCAACACAAUGCACUUUCACAACCCCGUCUAUCAGAAAACCACUGAGGACCAGGUUCACAUCUGGAGGAGCCAGAGCCUGGAAGGUUACGCCUACCCUAAAAGACAAAUUGUGAGCUUGGACGAAGAGGCGGACAAUCCUUCCUUCAUUGAAAACUGAAAGAAGAAGGACAAAGUGGGAAAAACAUUGUGCCUCAGUGAACACACUAUUCGAGGCCUUUAGUAUUCUCAUUAUUAUUUUUUUUACCUCACGCAGAGAACAUGCGAAGCCUGCGUCCGACAGCCUUAGACCACUACAUCCUCACUAACAAACGAAUGCUUUACUUUGAAAAUAACAGGGUGAAAAAGUUGACGUCGGAGUGCACAUCACAUGUUAUACAGCAUCUCAGGUUUAUGUCUUAAAACAAACCAGCUGACUGUCAUGUUUUCUCCAGUAUAUUUAAACUGUGAUCCUGAUGGUUAAAUUGGAGCAAAGCGGUUUUUAAGAUGAGAUUAUUAUAUAUAUAUAUUUUAGCUUUCUCUUGAUUCUCUUAAUGUUCAUUGCAACUUCCUAAUCAAGCAAGUGUUUAGGAGAAGUCGAGAAGCUUUUAAUAGAGAUUUAUUUGUGUGUGUGUGUGUGUGUUAUUUAUCACUUCAGAUACCUAAGACAGAUUGAACAGUACUCUACUGGCAGGGUUUUUUUUUUUUUUUUGGUUUUUUUUAACCUCUAACUGCAGCUAACAAUCAAUUUGUCUGGCUCUGCAUGCAGUAACAUAGUUCCACUAAGUCAUGAAUGCAACAGGUCAAUCACUGAGAAGAUGGCUGCGGUUUUUUUAGUUGCGCAAAAAUCUUCCGCCGAAAGACACUAAUGUAAGUUCUUCAGGUAGUGGUUACACUUCACCUGCUUAGAAAAAAAACAAAACAAAACGUCAGAACCAAACACUGCUUGAAGUUUGGUGUAGCUCUCUAGAUCUUCUCCAGAUGUCUCCGGUAUGGAACGACCAGAAGGUUCAUAUGUUCAGCAUUCCUCGGAGCUGGGGAAACUUUGAUGCAGCCACGUGGGACCAGCCAAGCCGAGUUUAAUGCUCUGCAUCCAGUCAAGUAUAUAUUUAUGUCCUCCCCUUUUACACCAGCAUUCCUGGUGAAGGAAUGGCAUGUGCACUUAUGUGGUAA